GGCCGAUUCGCGGCUAGCAACCUGCAGAACGAUACCGCCAAAUGUUGUCGGUCGUGCUGAGCGCAACCACCACGAUAACAAUGAACAGAGGCGAGCAGGAGAAUCUCUACCGGCAGUCACGCAAUCUACGGUUGCAGCAGCAGGAAGCGAAAGCGCACCAACUACAGCAGCAGCAGCAGCAUCAGCAGCUGCAGCACCAGCAACACCAGCAACUCGGCAAGCGCCACUACUCCUACGGGAACAUUCACCAGUACAGCGGUGCCACCGUGGCACUGCCACCGAUCAUGAUCGCCCGCGGGCUCGGUUCGUUCGCGAUGGACGACCAGCAGCUACGGCCGGGUGGUAGCGGGCCCGCCUGCGACGAUCUCGUGCUGAGCGUGCUCAAGUCACCGGUCAAGGAGACGACGAACCUGCUCGGCACCGGCAGCCGGUCGGCCAUAUCGGCGAGUCCGAGCGCGGGGAGCAACGGGAUCACGAUGGGUGGCGGAUCGGUACAAACGCAAAGCCCCAGCCCGUGUGCAAACUCCGGCGGUGGUGGUGGCGUGUCGUCCAGCGGCAUGAUCAGCUACCGGACGCUGCAAGGUUCCGAGGACGAUCUGGUCGACGAUGUGGAGUCGGCCAUCGAAACGACUGAGCUGAAUGCGGGUGAUCCGCACAAGGCACCGCUCCAUCCGGGCGCAUCCUCGUGUUCCUCUUCCUCGCCCCGUGCCCUCAAGUUUCUGCGCCGGUUUCGGCCCGGGAAGCCGGCGCGAGCCUUCGAACCGCACCAUAAACGGGUACCGACACCGAUGAGGCGCAAAAACCGUAGCCGAUCGCGGUCACGCUCGAACGACAUACUGGACGGAGUUGGUGCGAGCCAGGGCAAUAUCGUGGUGGACGAUGAUGACGACGACGUCGACAUUGAUGACGAUGUGAAUGAGCUACCGGGCGUCUCCAUUGGGCUGGGAAGCGGUAGCGGCGUGACGGGCGGUGGUGGCAGUGGUGGUGGCGGGGCUGGUGGAGCAUCUAGUGGUGGGGGGAAAAAUCUUGGCGUGCCGAACCCGUACUAUCCGAUCGCGUUGCCGAUCGACCAAGCAUUUAAAGCCAAAUACGUUUUCCAUCAUCGACGGGGAAAAACUGUGCAGGAGCGAUUCUACGUCUUUCUUGAGCAUCCCGGCGGAUGGCUGUGUUUUGUGUAUCACUUUUCAGUAUUUCUGCUUGUGUUAGUGUGUCUGAUAUUUAGCGUAUUGUCGACGAUAGACGAGUACAGUAAGUUCGCGAACGAGACCUUAUUCUGGAUGGAGAUCUGUCUGGUGGUGUUCUUCGGUGUCGAGUACCUGGUCCGGCUAUGGUCCGCCGGCUGCCGUUCGAAGUAUAUGGGCUUCUGCGGUCGGUUACGCUUCAUCCGCAAACCAAUCUGUAUUAUAGAUCUUAUUGUAGUCGUAGCGUCUAUGGUUGUGCUGUCCGUCGGCUCAAAUGGUCAGGUGUUUGCAACGAGUGCCAUCCGAGGCAUCCGCUUCCUUCAAAUACUUCGCAUGCUGCACGUGGACCGACAGGGUGGUACCUGGCGAUUGCUCGGAUCGGUCGUCUUUAUCCAUCGGCAGGAGCUGAUUACCACACUGUACAUCGGGUUCCUGGGGCUUAUCUUUAGCUCGUACUUUGUGUAUCUGGCCGAGAAGGAUGUGUUGGGCCCGGACGGGAAGGCAGACUUUGCCAGCUAUGCCGAUGCGCUCUGGUGGGGCGUCAUCACCGUGACAACGAUCGGGUACGGUGAUACCGUGCCGCAAACGUGGAUGGGCAAGAUCGUUGCCUCCUGCUUUAGUGUGUUCGCAAUCUCGUUCUUCGCACUGCCGGCCGGUAUCCUGGGAUCCGGUUUCGCCUUAAAAGUACAACAGAAGCAGCGCCAGAAGCACUUCAACCGGCAGAUACCGGCCGCCGCCAUGCUGAUCCAGUGCCUGUGGCGCUGUUACGCCGCCGACAAGAGCUUCCACAGUGACGCCACCUGGCAGAUCUACGUCAAGUCGAACGACAACGGCAACAACAACGGCAGCAGCAGCACCGCCCUUCCCUCGCAGUUGGGCAAAACCCUAAUGGUGCAGGUGGCGCGUCGCGGUGCAUCGGUGCUGAAGCGGCGCAAGUCCCGGAACCGUAUGGAGGCGCCCCAGAUGAAGCCACCGCUCAGUGCCGGCCCUGGGCCGGGUGUAGGGCCUGCGGCUGGUGGUGCGGCAUCAGCGACGGCCGCGACGACAGGCACAAAUGCUUCCGGUGUGAGUUGUGCUUCCGGUGCUAGUGGGAGCCAAGGGACGGCACUCGCUCAAUCGGCCGUCGGUGGCACGGAUGGAGGACCGCUGGGGACACCCAACACACCAGGCGGAACCGGAGGGGGUGGUGGCGGAGGGGGAGGAGGAGGCGGUGGACCGGCGGAGCUGACAAAAAGUGAAUCCGAUGGUGACGUUGUCUUCUACAUGGAGGAACCACGGUCAGCAGGUACCCCGCUGCGAACGCGGCGAAACGAUCCGAACCGGGGUGUAUUCGUAAGCCAAAACAGUUCCGUCACGGAAGCACCGAGCGACGAGGUGGAAGCCGAACCGGAACCGGACGACGAACCGGAACCGGCCCGUGUCACGCAACUGACGGAAGCUCACCGGAAUGCGAUACGCGCGAUCCGGAAAAUCAAAUACUUUGUCGCGCGGCGUAAAUUUCAGCAGGCGCGCAAACCGUACGACGUGCGGGACGUGAUCGAACAGUACUCGCAGGGCCACCUCAACAUGAUGGUGCGCAUCAAGGAGCUGCAGCGCCGGCUCGACCAAACGCUCGGCAAACCGGGCAGCUAUCUCGCUGGCAUCGAUCGGGUCGGCAACAUCAAACCGAUGACGGUCGGGGCACGUUUGUACCGGGUCGAGCAGCAACUAUCUGUGAUGGACAAGAAAUUGGAUCAAUUAACGCAUGCCAUCAACUCGAUGACGAUGCAGCAGAAGAUGAUAUUACCGCCGAUGCAACCGUUCCAGGCGCAUCCGUUGCAUCAACAGCAGCAGCAGCACGUGAUGCAACAGGUCGGUAUGCAUCCGCUACACUCACCGGCCACGCUUGGUGCGAUCGUGCAGCAUCAGCAGCAACAGUUGCAGCAACAGCAGCAUCAGCAACAAAUUUCUCCACUCCAAUUACCUGCUGCCCCGUCGCAAGCUUCCUCACCCUCGCUCGCCAUGAAAAGUCUCGAGGACGAUGUAUAAUAUUUAAUCUAAGCUCGCUUUCUCGCUUUCA